GAUGCAGCCAAACUAUAUCAGUCUCUUAUUUGCCAACAAAAGCAUCCUAACUGAUAGAGGCCAGAUAGAUUUGCUUCUUUUUGUUUUUUUCAAUAUUUUGUUGUGAAGAAGUAAGCAUAAGCUCUCAAUAGGUUAUGUUUUACAAGCCUCUGAUGAAGUUCAAAGGACAACCAUGCUUAGGAUUUCCAGGACAACCUUGAAAAAAAAAACAGGUUGAGAAAUAGGUGUGUUAAUCUCCCUUCCCUCUGCUCCUCCCUCUGGCCUUCCUUUCUUUGAUUGAAUAGGCUCUAGGACACCUUUUUAAAAAGACUCCCUGUGGUGUUCAGAAUCACUCCUACAAUCAGAUUCUGUCUCCACAAUGGAUCUCAGUGCUGCAAGUCACCGCAUACCUCUAAGUGAUGGAAACAGCAUUCCCAUCAUCGGACUUGGUACCUACUCAGAGCCUAAAUCAACCCCUAAGGGAGCCUGUGCAACAUCGGUGAAGGUUGCUAUUGACACAGGGUACCGACAUAUUGAUGGCGCCUACAUCUACCAAAAUGAACACGAAGUUGGGGAGGCCAUCAGGGAGAAGAUAGCAGAAGGAAAGGUGCGGAGGGAAGAUAUUUUCUACUGUGGAAAGCUAUGGGCUACAAAUCACGUCCCAGAGAUGGUCCGCCCAACCCUGGAGAGGACACUCAGGGUCCUCCAGCUAGACUACGUGGAUCUUUACAUCAUUGAAGUACCCAUGGCCUUUAAGCCAGGAGAUGAAGUAUACCCUAGAGAUGAGAAUGGCAAAUGGUUAUAUCACAAGUCAAAUCUGUGUGCCACUUGGGAGGCUAUGGAAGCUUGCAAAGAUGCUGGCUUGGUGAAAUCUCUGGGAGUGUCCAAUUUUAACCGCAGGCAGCUGGAGCUCAUCCUGAACAAGCCGGGACUCAAAUACAAGCCAGUCAGCAACCAGGUUGAGUGCCAUCCGUAUUUCACGCAGCCAAAACUCUUGAAAUUUUGCCAACAACAUGACAUCGUCAUUAUUGCGUAUAGCCCUUUGGGGACCAGUAGGAAUCCAAUCUGGGUGAAUGUUUCUUCUCCACCUUUGUUAAAGGAUGUGCUUCUAAACUCAUUGGGGAAAAGGUACAAUAAGACAGCAGCUCAAAUUGUUUUGCGUUUCAACAUCCAGCGAGGGGUGGUUGUCAUUCCUAAAAGCUUCAAUCUUGAAAGGAUCAAAGAAAAUUUUCAGAUCUUUGACUUUUCUCUCACUGAAGAAGAAAUGAAGGACAUUGAAGCCUUGAAUAAAAAUGUCCGCUUUGUGCCAUUGCUCAUGUGGCGCGAUCACCCUGAAUACCCGUUUCAUGAUGAAUACUGACUGCAGGGAGUUCCUGAACAGAUUUUUCACUCCCAUGAGUGCCAAGACGGUGCGAUGGGUAGUCCCCUGGAUGUGAAAAUGAAAAGGGUUUUACCAUCCUGAGAAAAAAUAAUGAUGGAAAUGUGUUUGAUGUUUGUGUAGUGUAAGUGACUUUGACUGAGUCACAGUGAAGUAAAAAUAUUAAAAUCUGUUGAAAUAACUCUUAGGAAAUUAUCAACUAAUUUUUUCAGAUCAAUAUCUUCUACGUUCCAGACAGAAAAAAAAAUAGACUUCGGAAGAAACAUCAAAGGCAACAUAUGACAAGAAGCUCAUGAAUCUGGGUAGUAGUGUUGGCAAUCUGAGUUCUUUAAGGGUUAACAGAACAACAAAGUGCAUGUGGCAGUGUGCUGGCAGUGGCCUUGAGGCUUUGGACCAUUGGUUGUAAAACAGACACAGCCAAGAUAAGAUCCACACAUGCAUUAUUAACAAGGAAGUGAUUUGCUGCACCUUGAGUUGAGAGGGCUACAUAUAGAAAAGCCUUAAAAUAGAGCUAAAUACCACAGUGGUCAACAAAGCCAUCAUGAUGAUGUUGUUUGUUUCCAUCCAAUGUAUGUUUGUUUAGUUUUUAUCCAACUUGAAGAAUGAAAACUUACCUGGAUCUCUCUUGCAUCCUUAAAGGGCCUGAGUCUCAACAUGGCUGCUGAUCCAUACUCACACAUCUUACCAUCGAUCUUGCCUACAUUGAUUAUAGAACCACUACUAUGUGAAAAGGCUUGAAACAACCAACAUAUACAAAUAAAACCCUGCCUUGUAAAAUAGUUCUGAGAUGCUAUUUUAAAAGAGGGAUUUAAAAAGGAAACUUUGGGAGAUAUGUUGAA